UCCAAAUUUGCCUAAAUACCUGUUCUAUGACAUGUACACUUCUACACUGCCGCAGCACGUAAAAACUACAAAAAUGAUUCUCCAAGGACAUAGUUUACAGGUCACAGCCGCAAACCCCCACCCUUCACCCACGCCCCAUCUUUGAGAAAUGACAACUUACACACGUGUCGGCGCCGUCACCGGUGCAAACAAAGGUGUAGGACUUGCCAUUGUCCGCCAACUCGCGUUGCAAUACCCGAAGUCAUCCUACAACAAUGGGCCCUUACUCAUAUACCUAACAGCACGAAAUGAGGAAAGAGGGAAGGCAGCAUUGGACUCAAUCAAGCAAGACCCACAGUUGAAGAGUGCGAAAGCGUUGCGCAGCCAUGGCGGCCUCGCUGAUAUCAAGUAUCUUCCAUUGGACAUCGACAGUCAGCAGAGUAUCAAGGAUUUCGCCACAGCUGUGAAGGAAGAAAAUCCUGAUGGAAUUGACUUCCUGAUCAAUAAUGCUGGAAUUGCCAUGGAUGGCUUUGACAAGAACGUGGUGAAAAAGACGCUGCAUUGUAACUAUUUUGGUACACUUGAGGCUACCCGACUUCUCUUGCCGCAUAUCAGGGAUGGGGGGAGACUCGUCAAUGUUGCAAGUAUGGCGGGUCAUCUCGAUUCAAGAUACUCCAGCAACAUCAGAUCUCGCUUCCUCAAUGCGAAGAAACCCGAAGAGAUAACUCAACUGAUGGAAGAAUUCGUAUCCGCCGUUUCCAAUGGCACCCAUGACAAGGAAUGGCCUAGCGUCGCCUACUCUGUGUCCAAAGCAGGUGUCAUCGGGGUGACGAGAGCCAUUGCUCGGGUCAAUGCUCAGGCAGGAAGUCAGACCCUGAUCAACUCGUGCUGUCCUGGCUGGGUGAAGACAGACAUGACAAAAGGUCGAGGAUACAAGACACCAGACGAGGGAGCUCAGACGCCCGUGCUACUAGCAUUCGGAGACAUCAAAGGCUCCAACGGCGAAUUCUGGCAGCAUGAGAAGAUCAUUAAAUGGGAGAAAUAGGCUCAUUCACUCUGUCAUAAGGCGGCACAAUGGACAUGCCUAUGAUGGUUAUACAUCCUUCGUGGGACUUUACGUUUUCCAGAAAGGUCUCACUCACGAUACGUCAGGACACGGCCGCGAAAUACUGCACUGUGUUGUGUGGUCUAGAAGUCUUUUCUCUCUUGGGUGGGCACAGGCCCAUGUAUGCGUGUUUCGUCCGGGUUGAUCCGCUCUCCACUGAUGGAAUUUGCGGAGGAAAUGCUUGCCAGCGUCAGCCGCCUGCAGCUGGACAGCCUU